AUGCAAUGGGAACAAUCUGUAGGCACACGUGGGACAGAGGAUCCGGAGAAAUGGCCGAUUCUCAAGCGUGAAACAGAUGAUCUGAUCACUCGCCCGGCGGUGGGAGAUAUAAAUACAGCCUCUGCCGGGAAACGCAAACAACUUUCUCGGACCCAAGCCUUUCUCGUUACGCUGUUGCUCCUCGCCAUGAGCAUUCUCUCCCUGGUCACUUUCUUCUCCCUGGGCGUGGCCGGCCUACCGCACGGCCCAGCCGCCCAAUCCAGUGGCAGUCCCAUCAAGAAUGUUGUUGUUCUAGUCCAAGAGAACCUCUCCUUCGACACAUUCGCUGGUGGUCUCACCUACAACCCGGAUAUCGACGGUCUCGUCAAUACCAAAUACUGUAACCCGGCCAACGUCUCCGAUGUCAACUCGCCCAAGGUCUGCGCCGAACCCAUCGCUAAAAACGUCGCCCCUGAUGACCCCGACCACAGCAUUAGCGGUGGAAAUCAGCAGGUCUACAGCACCUACCACCCCACCAACAAGAACGAUGUUCCCUCCAUGCAGGGCUUCGUCACCGAGCAGAUCAUCUCGUACGGCCUCGACGGAGAUCUUGAGCGCGCCGCUGAAGUCAUCAACUACUACACGCCAGAGCAUGUCCCCGUGUUCAACGCCAUGGCGGAGAACUUUGUGCUCUUUGACCGCUGGUUCGCCUCCGUCCCGGGACCCACGAACCCAAACCGUGCCUACCUUACCUCGGGCACCUCGCAUGGCCACGGCACUAACGACAACGACUUCCUGACCUCCUCCCUCCCCCAAGUCUCCAUCUUCGAGCAGCUCUCGAACGCCAACAUCAGCUGGAUCAACUACUCCAAUACCACGGAUUUCCUCCCAGACGCCCAGUUCUACCAAUGGACGGCUAAGUCCGGCAAGGCCGACACAAACGUGAAGCCCCUCAACCAAUUCUUCAAGGACGCCCAGUCCGGCUCGCUCCCGCGCUUCACCUGGAUCAACCCCGAGUGUUGCUCGUACAUGUCCUUCCACCCACCCUCCCCCAUCAACAUGGGUGAGGGUUUCAUCAAGAGCAUCUACGAAGCCGUGCGUUCCUCCCCACAAUGGCAUGAGACCCUCUUCAUCUUGACCUUCGACGAGCACGGCGGUUUCGCCGACCACGUUUCCCCACCGGAGAACGUCCCCGCCGGUGAUGACCUUACCUACACCGAGAAGGCCAAGGACGGUAAAUCCAUCACCUUCGGGUUCGAUCGCUUGGGAAUCCGUGUCCCCACCGUUCUCAUCUCCCCCUGGGUCGGAAAGGGUAUCGUACAGAAUAGCCCCUCCGACCAGUCGGGUGAAUACACCCAUACUUCCAUCCUCAAGUUCGUUGCCGACCUCUGGGAUCUUGAUAUCUUAACCCCUCGCGUCGCUUGGUCCCCUAACUUUAAUCAUCUCAUCACAAAUACCUUCCGUGAUGAUACGCCGGAAAAGUUGCCUUCGCCGGCGGAUUUCUAG